AUGUCUGGCCAAGAAAGCAGCACAGACAGCGUACCAGACUUUAGACACGGAAGCCUGAUCGUCAGUCAUGAGGCAAGGUCUGGAGCGGAGGCGGGCAUAGAUACAACAUUAGAUCUUGAAAUGGAGCCCCCAGAACUGAAUUUGGGUUUGACCAGAGAUGGUGGCAGAAAUAUGGAUGAUGGUGUCCCCAGCCAUGUUAGUGCAGAAAGUGACGACCCAGACCCAGAAAGUUCAAAUGAAAACAUCAGUUUUAACAGCGGGAGGGACUUGGGCGGGCAUUUCAUCAUCAAUGUGAGAAGUCCUGUCCAUCCCCACUUAGGGAAACAGGAGGAGGAAUCGGAGGAAUCGGAGGAAUUGGAGGAAUCGGAGGAAGAAGAGGAGGAAGAAAUUCCUUACCUAUGUGCACAGUGCAGUGAGGCUAUCCAUAAGCAGUGUCAAUCAAAUGAUGAUGGGUCCCUAGAGGACUUGAUGUCCUCGGAGACAUCUUCUCUACCCCGACCUCACUGGCAGAUCCUUACUGCUCUUCAUCAGCGACAGCUGGGUUCAAGUCCCCACUUUGUGUAUGAGGCCUGUGGGGCAAGAGCCUUCGUGCAGCGUUUAUGCCUACAGUAUGGUCUUGAAGGCCAUCUUGGUUGUGUCAAUACUGUGCACUUUAACCAUCGUGGCACUUGGCUGGCCAGUAGCAGUGAUGAUCUGAGAGUAAUAGUGUGGGACUGGAUGAAGCAGCAACCAGUCCUGGAGUUUGAGAGUGGUCACAGAAAUAAUGUCUUUCAAGCUAAGUUCCUUCCUAACUGCUCAGAUUCGAUCAUCGCCACAUGUGCUCGUGAUGGGCAGGUGAGGGUGGCCACAUUAUAUACUGCACCAAGCCUCCAGAGUACUAAGUGUGUGGCCCAGCACAGAGGAGCCUCCCACAAGUUGGCUCUGGAGCCAGACUCUCCCUUUAAGUUCUUAACAUCAGGUGAAGAUGCAGUUGUCUUCACCAUUGACCUCAGACAAGACCAACCAGCUUCCAAAGUGGUGGUAACAAAAGACAGGGAGAACAAAGUGGGUCUGUACACAAUCCAUACAAAUCCCACUAAUACCUACGAGUUUGCAGUGGGUGGACAAGAUGAGUUUGUAAGGAUUUAUGACCAGAGGAAAAUUGAUGAGAAUCAGAAUGAUGGAAUACUUAAGAAAUUCUGUCCUCAUCACCUCAUCGACUAUGAUUCCAGAACAAGUAUCACCUGCCUUGUGUAUAGCCAUGAUGGCACAGAGCUCCUGGCCAGCUACAACGAUGAAGAUAUUUACCUCUUCAACCCCUCUCACAGUGAUGGCGCUCAAUAUAUUAAGAGAUAUAAGGGGCACAGAAAUAUUGCCACAGUAAAAGGUGUGAAUUUCUAUGGCCCCAAGAGUGAGUUUGUGGUGAGCGGUAGUGAUUGUGGACACAUUUUCCUCUGGGACAAAUCAUCUUGUCAGAUCAUUCAGUUCAUGGAAGGGGACAAGGAAGGGACAGUAAACUGUCUUGAAUCUCACCCUUACCUUCCUGUGAUGGCAACCAGUGGCCUAGAUCAUGAUGCCAAGAUCUGGGCACCCACAGCUAAAACUUGCACUAAGCUUACUGGGCUGAAGAAUGUGAUCAAGCAGAAUAAGCAGGAACGAGUUGAAGAUAGCUUACACCACAGUGGCCUAUUAGAUAGCUACAUGCUUCGGUUACUUGUGAAUCGCCUGACACAGAGAGAUGGUCACCAGCGCUCAAGAAGUCCUGUAUUUGAGGUCAUAAAUGCACACCGGACUGAGUCUUCCAGCACCUCAGAGACAUCUGAAGAUGAGGAGAACCAAGUGAAGAGACAGGAGGGUCACUCUGAAUUUUCUGUUCCGGCUCAGCAUCUGUCCCGAGCCCCCUACCUUGUGCCGCAGUCUCGCCAUCGCACAUCACGGAUGGGAAGCAACCUCAUUCUUUCUAAGGGUACAAGUUUCGAAACUGUCCAGAGCUUACGGGGAGCACAGGCUUCGCCGCAAAUCCACGGGGCCACCCCCGUGGCCAUCUUGGAAGGUCCCACGCAACAGCCGCCGGAUAUGCUGCCCCCCGACUUCCGCUCCCGGAGUUUGCUCGAGUACCGACCGCUGCGCCAGAGGGGUAGCGUCGAGUCGACGGACGGAGGAGACCAGGCCUCGCCAGCCGCGGAAAGAUCCGCGCAGACCACGGCAACCACUGUUAGCCUGGGAAGACGCCAAACGUACGCCGCUUCUGCCCCUAGCGGCUCGGGGUCUGCCUCACGAUCAGCGAAAUGCCCCCUAUGGGAGCUGGGUGAGAAAGUCCCGGAAGAGUGGAGAACUUUCUAG